CUUUGUGCCACACCAUCCGCAGUAUUCUUCUACCAAUAUUUAAGAAGAAAGUCAUGGAGAUUUUUAGCAGGAAUGGGUUACUGAUCAUUCUUCUGCUCUUCAUAUUCGGCGCUGUGCAUAUCGAUGCAGAAACUAAGACAUGCACCAGUAAAGGUAGCCCAUGCCGAUUUAAAAAGAUCCCCUGUCCAUCCCAAUGUCCUACAUCAUCAUCAACAAACCCGAAAGCAAAAGUUUGCUAUGUCAACUGUAAUUCACCCGUAUGCCAAGCUGAGUGCAAACAUCGUAAAGCUAACUGCAACGCCCCCGGAUCAGGAUGCUAUGAUCCCCGUUUCAUUGGUGGAGAUGGCAUCGUUUUCUACUUCCACGGCAAGAGCAAUGAGCAUUUCAGCCUAGUUUCCGAUCUCAACCUCCAAAUCAAUGCCCGCUUCAUCGGGCUCCGGCCAGCAGGCAGAACCAGGGACUUUACUUGGAUUCAAGCCCUAGGUCUCCUGUUUGACUCCAACACUUUCUCUCUUGAGGCCACCCGAGCGGCGACCUGGGAUGACGAAAUUGACCGUUUGAGAUUCACUUACAAUGGGAAGGAGUUAAUGAUACCAGAAGGCCAUCUCUCUGUAUGGAGAAGCCCUGAAAACGACCUUCGAGUGGAGAGAACAUCCAACAAGAACAGCGUCAUAGUCAUACUCCCUGAGUUUGCAGAGAUAUCAAUCAAUGUUGUGCCCGUAACCAAGGAAGAUGACAGAAUCCACAACUAUCGCAUACCUUCUGAUGACAGUUUUGCUCACUUGGAGGCACAGUUCAGAUUCUACGGCCUAUCCUCGAAAGUCGAAGGGGUUCUUGGGCGGACUUACCAGCCAGAUUUUGUUAAUCCGGCAAAGCCAGGGGUGGCUAUGCCAAUCGUGGGAGGUGAGGACAAGUACAGAACCACAUCACUCCUCUCAUCAGAUUGCAGUUCUUGCAUGUUCUCUCCGGCUGAAGCUCUGGAUCAGAACGACUCGGUGGUUAUGGAAUAUAGUAUGCUAGACUGCACCAGUCGAGCCACCGGUGGUAAUGGAAUUGUUUGUAGGAAAUGAUUAUGAAAUUUGGCACAUUUUCAAAUAAUAAAUAAAAAGUAAUGUUUCUUCCA